AUGGCUGCGAUACAGAUCACGGCUGAGCUGCCGACUCUGCCUGAUGGCUGGAGCGCUGAGAAGGACUUCAAGGCUGUGGGCAAACUGAGCCAGCCAACACAGAAGCCGCUUGAGCCCUGUGGACCGUUCUACCUUGCUCACGCCCGCCGGCGGCGACAUAAGCGUACCUUCUCCGAAGACGAGCGCAUUCAGGCCCAGGAGAACGUCAAGAAGGUGGAGAAGGAAGAUGACGACGAUUUCGAUGAUAACGAGGAUCCAAUGCUCUUGCAGCGUGAGGCCAAGGACUGGAAGACACAGGACCACUACGCGAUUCUUGGUCUGCAGAAAUACAGAUGGAGAGCUUCUGAGGAUCAGAUCAAGCGUGCCCAUCGCAAGAAGGUCCUGAAGCAUCACCCUGACAAGAAGGCGGCUGCUGGUGAGGAGGAGAAUGAUCAGUUCUUCAAAUGUAUUCAGCGUGCGACGGACAUCCUGCUCGACCCAGUGAAGCGUCGUCAAUUCGACAGCGUGGACGAAGCCGCGGAUGUUGAGCCACCAAGCAAGAAGGAUGUGCAGAAGAAGCCUGGCAACUUCUACAAGCUGUGGCGACCAGUGUUCGAAUCUGAAGGCCGCUUCUCCAAGAAGCAGCCUGUUCCCAAGCUCGGCGAUGACAACAGCACUCGCGAGCACGUUGAGGAGUUCUACAACUUCUGGUACGGCAUCGACUCCUGGCGAUCCUUCGAAUACUUGGAUGAGGAUGUGCCUGACGACAACGAGAGCCGUGAUCAAAAGCGACACGUCGAGCGCAAGAACAACAACGCCCGCAAGAAGCGCAAGAACGAGGAUGUGCAGCGUUUGAGGAAGUUGGUGGAUGAUGCUCUGGCACAGGACGAGCGUAUCAAGAAGUUCCGUCAAGAAGGCAACAAGGAGAAGAACAAGAAGCGGUUGGAGAAGGAGGCUGCUGAGAAGGCCGCCAAGGAGGAAGCUCAGCGCAAGAAGGAGGAAGAGGAGCGUGCUGCAGCUGAGAAGGCGGCACAGGAGAAGGCUGCCAAGGAAGAUUCGAAGAAGGCCAAGGAGGCGGCGAAGAAUGCAGCGAAGAAGAACAAGCGUGUCAUUCGUGGUGCUGCCAAGGAUGGCAACUACUUCACGGAUGGUGAGGCCAGCCCGGGACAGAUCGAUGGCGCUCUUAACGACACCGAUGCCUUGAUCACCAAGCUCGACAACGAGGAGAUCGCGGCCUUGACUGCCAAGUUGCAGGGCAAGACGGAUAAGAUCGAGAUCAAGACUGUCUUCCAGGAGGAGGUCAAGCAUUUGGUUGAGGCUGGGAAGGCCAAGGAUGGCGAGUUCAAGACGUUGGCCUAA